AUGGUGCCUAAAAAUUACCUCCUCGUAUUGACCUUGGCCGUAGCCGUAAGUGCACGAACGGCAUCAUCCAAAGACAAAUUUGAAGAGGCGAGGAGUUCACAUGACACCGUUUUAGGAGACUUCAAAUUCGCAUAUGAAACCUAUAGAGACUGCAGUGGCAGUGAUAUGAGCAGUUGCCUGAAAUUAAAACUAGCAAGAGCUCUGAAUAGGAUAUCAAACAGCGAUGAAAUUUCUCUUUUAAGUGGAGUGACGAUAACCAAAAAUGGAGAUGCUGUCCAAAAGGUCGAAACUGAAGAGGCGAUUCCGAGAGGUCUUGAUGAGAGCUCAUUGGACAACCUUAUUAUGGACAAAAUCGUUGGAUUCCUCCAAUCUCAUACCAUCCAGAUUCAAUUCCCUUCAGGAUCAGAUUUACAACGCGCGUUCGCUGAAGACCGUGGAAGGAGGAAGAAGUUGGCACCCCUCCUCGCCAUCCCUCUGCUCAUCGGGGGUAUGAUGGUUCCCUUGGCCUUUGGAGCACUGGCCCUAUUAGCUGGAAAAGCUCUGAUUGUUUCUAAGCUAGCGUUAGUCCUUGCUGGUAUUAUUGGUUUGAAGAAGCUUUUAUCUUCGAACGGUACCGGUGAAGCUCAUGAAGUUGUGGUAUCUGCAGGUCAUGGUGGUGCGGGAUGGAGCAGGUCCCUCGAAAACGCUCACGACCUAGCAUACAGCGCUUACGCCCAA